CGUUUCCAGUUCCUUGUGACGUUCCCAUCCUGAGCUCCGGCGGUUGCUCAUUCUAACGGCAUGUGUGCUGCGUUAAUGAUCAUUCUCAUGAGGAAAAAGUGGACUGACUAUAUUUGAGGAAGCUGUGGAAGUAAACACUGAAUAAAGAUGAGUGAAGUGGAGGUGGAGGAGAGCAUCAUGUCGUACCUGUCACAGAGUGAGGCUGACCCCAACACCAAAGACUUGAACGUCGUGGCCAUGCUCCACAACUUCUGGGAGCAGAGGCAGAGCGGCCAGGUCAACGGUUCCUCCAGUGAACCUGACGGCCGCGCAGAGAGCCUGCUGCUGUACGAGUCGGCCCCGUCCCCCGCUCCUCCACACGUCUGCUACGUCACCCUGCCAGGAGGAAGCUGCUUCGGCAACUACAAGGUGUGCGACACUCUGGCAGAAGCUCGGAGGGAUGCGGCCCGCGUGGCGCUGAUGAACUCGCUAGUGAACGAGCUGCCGUGUCGACGCAUCGACGCUCAGUUCAUCGCUCACAGUUUGCAGCAGGCGGCCGCAGACAGUGCUGUCUCUGUAGAAGAGGCCCGUGACUCCAGCACCAGCAUCGGAGCCUACAGUGUGCUGCUCCACUCACACCUGGGGAAGACAAUGCUGCAGUUUCAGUAUUACAACCUGGUGAAGUUCAACUUCUCCAAAACAACCCUAAAAGAGUCUACCAAAAGACUAAAAGGAUAA